UUUUAAACAAAGUGCGUAUGUAAAUAUUGUCAGUAUAGGUCCUUCUUAUAACGUAUACGUAUACGUGUACCCACACAACUAUUGUAUAGUCCGUCCCGGGUUACCGUAUCGUUCGCAUGCUCGAUUUUGUGGAUCCUGAGUUGAGCAGAUGGAGUGUAGAAUGGAAUUUGACUCCGAAUCUCACUGUGAUAUGAGUUUAUUUAGUGCCACGUAGCCAAAUUAAUACACUACUGCAUCACUACGUGGGAUUCUUACCCGCGUGACCGAUUGAUUGCAGAAGCAGUCGCCGCAUACAAUAUAUAUGCAAAUAUCAAAUAGCAGCUUUUGCGAAUCAGCCCGUCAAGCUUGAACAAGCGGGACUUCCAAUUUAAAAGUAUAUAGGUGUACAAUAGAUCUGAUAGAAAUGGAAAUGUGAUCAACGGUUCAUCUAAUAUUUCGGAACACCUACAUAUCAGUUCUGCUUGUCGUGAGUUAAAUAGCGAAGGUUCAACACCGUGGCAACCCACUUACCAAGCUACUCUGAAGAAUAUCACACUUUCAGUAUCAAGCAGUGGUCAGCCUACUUGUACCUUCCACUUGGGGGCUCAUCAAGGGAUUCAACUGCAAUAACAUACACACAGCUGUGAACACAGGCGGGUGGCAAGGCACGUGGGUGUAGCACACAACACAGACAUUGACACACAGUCCUUAAUACACACACACGUGUCCAGCAACACUACAACCACACACGUUUACAAACACAGCCUGAGAACACAGAGACCAUGACGGUAUCUGUGGACGAUGUAGCGCAUACUCUGCAGCUCACACGUGCAGCCAAUGCUGACCUGCACAGGGUGUUGGCUGAGGUCAAUGCGCUUUUCGACACUCUAAAAAUGUACAAACUGUUCAAUCCGCAGACCAACGACGAACAGGCAGUGGGCGUAGAGCAAGAGCCAGGCACCGCCAAUAACAAGACACUCAAGCGCUCUGAAUCACAACGGAAGGACACCACAGAAGACGGGGCAAAAUCCAAUGAAGAAUUCAACGAGAGAUUAGCCAAACGACUAGAAUCGUACAAUACCGCAAUUCAGCAAUUGCGGGACCACUUGCAAGCUAUAAAUAGAAUCUGCCCGGCAGAGUGGGUGGGGAGGAAAGAGAAGGUUGUACUCACGGAACAAUCCGAGAUGAGUGCCGCAGAUACCGCCAAAUACCUACAGCUGGAGGCACAGAGGAACCACCUGAGAGUGGAGUUGGAGAAGCGCAACACACACCUGACGGUCGCAAUUGCGCAGCUGAGGAACAUCUCGUCUGUCAUGGCUACCACCAGCAACGUACGCCAGCUGUGAUUUAGCAGCGCUAUAUACACAAGCGGGUGCACGUGUCAGAUGCACAUGUGGGAUGAGAUAUUCGCUACAUUAUAGUAAUAGAUUAUGCGGACCAAUUACAGGUGUAUGAGAUAUUAUAAACUUAGAAGUGGUCGACCAAGUCAGAUGUUUGGGCAAGAAUGGCCGCUAGAUUCCUAUUGAAUACUUGCGGUUGGAAUAGCAUAUAGCAUCUGCAACCAUAAAAUGAUGAAGUUGCCACCGCCA